AUGCUAGAGCACACUGACACGCUACACCGAUACCCCACACCCACCACACACACCACUAAACAACCACCGAGACAACCAGCCCCACCCAAACACCAUGAAACACCUGGGACACCGCACCAUCCAGACACACAAGAUGCGAGACACAUGUCGCAAUGGGGGGGGGGGGGGGGAUGUUUGGGGUGUGUGUGGGGGGGGGCGGGGGGGGGGGGGGGGGGGGGGGGGGGGGGGGGGGGGGGGGGGGGGGGGGGGGGGGGGGGAUCACUAAUCAUCACGCACAUCAACCCAGCAGAGCAACUUGGCGGACUAAUCCCUGGUGCCCCCCCAGGCCCACUCAACACUUUGCAUAUAUCCCCCGUUAAUAGCGACUCACAAACCCCAUAA